AUGUCUUUAACAUCCAAGGAAGCUUUCAGUAAGCUUCCGCAAAAAUUGCAUAACUUUUUCAUCAAAUUUCCACCAAGACCAUUUGCCGAAUAUUCAUCAAAACCAUCAACCAUUCAAGAUCCAAAAAUGAAUCCAUUUUUAGCCAAUAAAAAUAUUGAAACAGGCAGAUGGCAGGGGGCUAAAUAUUCGUUGAGAAGAUCGGCUGACUUGUUUAAAAUGGCCCACAAGUUCGGUAUUCAUGACUUAUUACCACCACUUCCACAGAAGAAAUUCUACGAAGAAAAGUACAAUGAUAAGAACUGGAUGAGAGGUGUAUUGAACCAGAAGAAACACAAAUGGGAAAGAAACUUACCUGAAAAGAUCAAGCAAAAAGAGGCUGCUAUUUCAGAGAUGGACGAAAUUAUCAUGGCCACUAGACCCAAAUAUAGAAAACAAGUCCAGAAGAGAGAAGAAACCAAGAAGAACUGGUGGUAA